AUGGAACCACCGAUACCAAUAUUAACGAUAUUAACAAUUACUUUUCCAGUUCAUUUACCAUUACGAACAGCAUCAAACGUAUUUUUCAUUUGUUCCAAUACUUUAUUCACUUCCGAUAUAACAUUUACAUCAUUAUCACAAAUUGGAUUGUUUGAUACAUUUCUCAAAGCGCUAUUAGAAAGUAGAAUUGAAGAACCUGUACGUUCACCUUUGAAUUACGUGAAAAGGACUUUCCAAGAAUUAAGUUCACUUGCCAAAACCAUUUUGAAUAAAUUUAAAUUUGUAUUGAUACAUAAAAGAGAAAAGUUCGGAUUACUAAAACAUGUUCCAAACUUUUAUUUUCAAAAAUCUUCCAUCGCCUCCUUGAUCUCACCACCAUCACGGAUUAAUCUUCAAGAUGCUCAUGAAAAUACUGCCACCACUGAAUUAGAAACAUUAAUGCAACUGCCACUUUCGAUAAUGAAGCCGCCUACCACUUUCCUUUAUAAUAAACCCGCGAAUGUGAAUUCACUUAAUAUUGAAGCAUUUAAUACCGCUACAACAUUAUUGAUUAAUAAAAAAUUAGAUGAUGUAAUUUUUGUAAUUUGA